AGUGUUUGAAAGAGUUAAGCCCAAUACUGGAAUGUCUUGGGAAUGUUGGCAGAGGGAGAGCAGCAGCUUUUUUCCUCCCUCUGGAUGGAGUCCCAGGACUGAGCUUGCAAAGUGAUGACUUUGGAUCCGAGUUUGUUUCUUGGUUCUGCAGCAGAGAGCUGGGAAGUGAUGUAGUGUAACCAAGAAGCCCUUUACAAGGGACGUACAAUUGCCUUCCUAAGGCAGGAGACGUAUUUUUACCUCUUCCCUGCUCAUUUCUGGGAGCAGCAGAACUCGCUUUGCGAAGAUACAGAGGGAGAAACCACAUCCUGAAGGGCGUAUGCGAAGGGAGAAGGGCACAUCCCCAAAGAGUUUAUUUUGGCUGCUGGUUUUUGUUGUCGGGUUUGGUUUGGUGGUUUGGCAUUUUGUUUGGUUUUGUGUUUUGGGUUUGUUUUUUUUUUAGUUUCUUUUCCUUCUCCUCCUUUGAUGGAAAUUGCAGUGACUUUUUAACCUUGCAGUUCAUAAGGCGCCUUGGGAUUAGCUGAUCUUUUCCGAGGAGGGAUUCCGGGGUGAUUCACACGGGGAGCUGGCAUGGCUGCCGUGCUCUUUGGCUUUGAGGAUCUGCUCUACAGCUGGGACAGCCUGGUGUGGAGCCUGACAUCCCGGGCUCUGAGGACUUGCCGCUUUGGAAACCUGAGGGUCCUGCAGCUCAUGCUGAAGCCAUGGUGCAUUUCCAGAGCCGUUUAUCAGAUGACGGAGGGCCGCAGAUGCCAAGUGCACCUCCUUGACGACAGGAAGCUGGAGCUCCUCGUUCAGCCAAAGCUUUUGGCCAAGGAGUUGCUUGAUUUGGUGGCAUCUCAUUUCAACCUGAAGGAGAAGGAAUACUUUGGAAUUGCGUUCACAGAUGAAACGGGACACUUGAACUGGCUUCAGCUGGACCGCCGGGUGCUGGAACAUGACUUCCCCAAAAAGUCAGGACCGGUUGUUUUGUACUUCUGUGUCAGGUUCUACAUCGAAAGCAUCUCCUAUCUAAAGGACAACGCCACCAUUGAGCUCUUUUUCUUGAAUGCCAAGUCCUGCAUCUACAAGGAACUCAUUGAGGUUGACAGUGAAGUGGUGUUUGAACUGGCUGCGUACAUCUUGCAGGAGGCAAAGGGUGAUUUUUCAAGCAAUGAAGUUGUAAGGAAUGAAUUAAAGAAGCUGCCGGCCCUUCCAACACCAGCGCUGAAGGAGCAUCCUUCCCUCGCUUACUGUGAGGAUCGAGUCAUUGAACAUUACAAGAAACUAAAUGGUCAGACAAGAGGUCAAGCAAUUGUGAAUUACAUGAGUAUUGUAGAAUCCCUCCCAACAUAUGGAGUGCAUUAUUACGCAGUAAAGGAUAAGCAGGGAAUUCCUUGGUGGUUAGGACUUAGCUACAAGGGGAUUUUUCAAUAUGACUACCACGACAAAGUGAAACCAAGAAAGAUCUUCCAAUGGAGGCAGCUGGAGAACCUCUAUUUCCGCGAGAAGAAGUUCUCAGUGGAGGUGCAUGACCCGCGCAGGGCAUCUGUGACCAGGAGGACUUUUGGGCAUAGUGGCAUCGCUGUGCACACGUGGUACGCCUGUCCAGCUCUAAUAAAGUCUAUCUGGGCUAUGGCCAUUAGUCAACAUCAAUUCUACCUGGACAGAAAGCAAAGCAAGUCCAAGAUCCAUGCUGCAAGAAGCCUGAGUGAGAUUGCGAUUGACCUGACCGAAACUGGAACGCUCAAGACCUCAAAGCUGGCCAACAUGGGGAGUAAAGGCAAAAUUAUCAGCGGCAGCAGCGGGAGUCUUCUGUCAUCAGGUUCCCAAGAGUCAGAUAGUUCUCAGUCUGCCAAGAAAGACAUGCUGGCUGCACUGAAAUCCAGGCAAGAAGCUUUGGAAGAGACGCUGCGCCAGCGCUUGGAAGAGCUGAAGAAACUGUGUCUUCGAGAAGCGGAGCUCACAGGAAAGCUGCCACGAGAAUACCCCCUGGAUCCUGGGGAGGAGCCGCCAAUUGUAAGGAGAAGAAUAGGAACUGCCUUCAAACUGGAUGAGCAGAAAAUCCUGCCCAAGGGAGAGGAGGCAGAGCUGGAGCGCCUGGAAAGGGAGUUUGCCAUUCAGUCCCAGAUCACCGAGGCUGCCCGGCGCCUGGCGAGCGACCCGAACGUCAGCAAAAAGCUGAAGAAGCAGAGGAAGACAUCCUACCUGAAUGCCCUGAAGAAACUGCAGGAGAUCGAAAACGCCAUCAAUGAGUAUCGUAUCAAAUCUGGAAAGAAGCCAACCCAGAGAGCCUCCCUGAUCAUAGAUGAAGGAAACAUUGCCAGUGAAGACAGCUCCCUCUCGGAUGCUCUUGUUCUCGAGGAUGAGGAUUCUCAGGUCACCAGCACAAUAUCCCCUCUCCAGUCCCCACACAAGGGACUCCCUCCCCGGCCACCCUUGCACAACAGGCCUCCUCCUCCACAGUCGCUGGAAGGCCUCCGCCAGAUGCAUUACCACCGCAACGACUAUGACAAGUCCCCCAUCAAACCCAAGAUGUGGAGUGAAUCAUCCUUGGAUGAACCCUAUGAGAAGGUCAAGAAACGCUCCUCACACAGUCAUUCCAGCAGCCACAAGCGGUUCCCCAGCACCGGGAGCUGUGCUGAGGCAGGAGGGAGCAGCUCGCUGCAGAACAGCCCCAUCCGGAGCCUCCCCCACUGGAACUCCCAGUCCAGCAUGCCGUCGACGCCAGAUCUACGGGUACGCAGUCCGCACUACGUCCACUCCACACGGUCAGUAGACAUCAGCCCAACCAGACUGCACAGCUUAGCUCAGCACUUUAGACACCGGAGCUCCAGUUUGGAGUCACAAGGCAAGCUCCUUGGCUCAGAAAAUGAGACAGGGAGCCCCGAUUUCUACACCCCAAGGACUCGUAGCAGUAACGGCUCUGACCCCAUGGACGACUGCUCUUCCUGCACCAGCCAUUCCAGCUCUGAGCAUUACUACCCCGCUCAGAUGAACCCAAACUACUCCACCCUGGCAGAGGAUUCUCCGUCGAAAGCCAGAGAGCGGCAGAGGCAAAGGCACAAAUCGGCGGGCAACCUGGUCUCUUCCAAUUCAGGGAGCAUGCCCAACCUGGCUGCGAGGAACGGGACAGGACAUCACCGUGUCUACCUGCACAGCCAGAGCCAACCCUCCUCCCAGUACAGGAUCAAGGAAUAUCCCUUGUACAUCGAGGGCAGCUCCACACCCGUGGUGGUGCGGAGCCUGGAGAAUGACCAGGAGGGACAUUACAGCGUGAAAGCACAAUUCAAAACCUCCAACUCCUACACAGCGGGGGGGAUGUUUAAGGAGAACUGGCAUGGGGAUGAAGUGGACUCCGUCAGGCUCACCCCCUCCCGCUCCCAAAUCAUAAGGACUCCGUCUCUGGGCAGGGAGGGCCAUGAGAAAGGCUCGGGUAGGACUGCCGUGUCGGACGAGCUGCGGCUCUGGUACCAGCGGUCCACAGCCUCCCACAAGGAGCACAGCCGCCUCUCACACACGAGCUCCACUUCCUCGGACAGCAGCUCCCAGUACAGCACAUCUUCGCAAAGCACCUUUGUGGCGCACAGCCGGGUCACGAGAAUGCCUCAGAUGUGUAAAGCAACGUCAGCUGCCUUACCUCACAGCCAGAGGAGUUCAACGCCGUCAAGUGAACUAGCAGCCACGCCACCAGGCAGCCCCCACCACAUCCUCGCAUGGCAGACUGGAGAAGCAACAGACAACUCACCCACUAUGGAUGAGUCUCAGUCUCCAACCCACCAAAGUACUGAUGAAUAGAGGAGCUACAACGAUAGCUGUUUCCUGGAUGCUCCCCUCUACCCGGAAUUAGCAGAUGUCCAGUGGUAUGGGCAGGAAAAAGCCAAGCCUGGGACUCUAGUGUGAACCCCUGACCUCAAGUGAAUCACAUCAAUGCCAUUCUGAGAUCACCUCACUGCCUCUCAUUUGCCUUACCCAGAUGCACUGUCACCCAGCACCAGCUUCAACUCUAAGCACUUUUCUCACGAUGCAAUUCAAGACGACAUUUGCAGAACACCGGCCCUGAGACAUCCACCGCAACAGCGCGUCCCUCCCACGGCCCGCGGCGCGGCGGGCGCAGAUGAGCAGCCGUCUUAGUAGUCGGUUGGCAAUUUAAAAAUUGAUUUUCCUUUGAUACGGUGGAAGCCUUUCAAGGCUUACAUCAAAUCUUGCUAUUCUGCGGCAUGUAACAGCGGUAAGAUUUCCACGACCUGCGAUCUGAAGCCAACGGAGCAUUAGUUCAAAGGGGGGGUGGGGGAGAAUAAAAUGAGACAGAGGCUGAGAAAUUGAUAUUAUAGUCCUGAAAGUGCAUCUGUUAUGAAAUAGUAAAAUCCCACCACUUAAAGGUAUGUCAGAGUCUCACAAUCAGACCUGCGCUGCCAAAGAUCGCCACACCGAUUUCGGCAGGAUGAGUUUGCUCAGCAAGUCCUUGUGACAAGAACCUCUGGUUUAACUCAACGGCAGGCACGACCACCUCCGGUAAAACCGCAUUUCCUCCUUCGCUACGAGCCCACCUACCUGCAAGUGAAAUAACCCGAGGUGCUGGAGCCGCGCCGGAGGGCUGGGCCGGCGUCACGGCAUCGCUGCCCACAAUCUCCUGUUAACCUGGACAAACGAGGUUGACAGAGGCAUUAGCUGAAGCAGAGGCAAGUGCUGCUGCUCCCAGCACCUCUGUGGGUGGUACCGGCUGUGCACCAGUCCACAAAGAGGUUGGGGUUGUGCUGGUAGAUUUUUAGUACUCUGAUGAAGAUAAAAAUUGCCAAAAAAAAAAAAAAAACAAAAAAAACCCCACCUUUCUACCAACAGAUACAGCCGAUAAAUUCUAAUCUAUUUCUGCACAAAGCGCUCACGUGAAAUCAAAAGGAAAGCACAUCGCAAUCUGACACGGUAAAGCUGCAGUAAUGUGUCUGUUCCGCUCAUUUUCCCUUCGUUAGCACCAGUGUAGCAAAGGGCUCGUCACCCGUGUACGGCUGCGUGGGAGAACCGGUCUGUCGGGAAAGGAAAAGGGUUGGACACCCAGCAGACCAAGAGAACCUUCCCAGCGCGAGGAGCGACCGCAAGAAAGAAGAAAAGCAACUAAACGAGGUGUUGGACGCGAGCGAGAGCUGCCGGCUGAUACCAAAAGGAACCGUACGAGCGCGUCGUGGAAGGAGCUGCAAGUUUACACGUAUUUUGAGCAAUGCUUUAUACACGUCAAGCCAUGGAACUUUCAAAUAAAAAGGCCUCAAAGACACUUUUGUAACGAACAAGUGCACAAUCUGGGUGGAUGUUGAAGCUGGCACGUCUAGGCUUCACUGCGGUGCUAUGCUGUUUUUAUUGCCACUAGAUGGGGGGAGGCAGCCGGCUUCCUCCCGUUUGUGCGUGCAAACGAUGAUUUCCUAUGGGAAAGGCAUUAAAAGAAACGGCUGGAGGGGGUGACUUUGUGAAAAGCAGAAACUGAAGUUAGCUUUAGUUUAAGGAAAAAAAAAGUGCGAGUGUGUGUGUGUGCGUGUGUGUGUGUUCCAAGAAUAACAAUAGCGUCUACCAGACAAAGUAGGGCGAAACGUUUAAAAUUAAACACCGCGACUUGGGGGGCUGCCACACCUUUUGGUAUUGAGAUUGCUGGAAAACUGCAUUCCAGGCUUUAAAAGAGAAUGGGUUCUUGGUAAUUGGGCUUGGAAAGACCGUGGGGUUUCUAAAAACGUGGAUGCAAGCGGCUCCUUGCGAACGCCUUCCUGCGGCGCACAUGAGGAACGUUCGCUCGGGCUCUCCGCUCGCCUGCUGUGCCGCUCUCCGGUGUCCCCGGUAAGACAGGACGGGGACGGUGACGGGCGGCAAACGCCCCUACGUGUCCAGGAAAAUCCGUGGCAGAGCCGGGAAGGAAACUCAUGUUCACACAUGAAGCAUAAAUGAAUUAUCCUUCUGGAAAAAAUGAAAUGAAAUGAAAUGAAAUAGCACAUACUAAUUUUUAUACUGCCAAGGGGUUUUUCCUGGGCCCGCAGGAGAACAAACCCCCUGACAGCGAUUGCUGGAAGAACAGCCAGCGGUGAGAUCGCGCCCUUGAUCUGAACGUGCAAAAUGCUGAUUUCACCAUCUCUUUGCGCUUUGGGGUCUUUAAUGUGGGAAUUAUUCAAGCUCCUAAUUGGAUUUUUAGCUGGAUGAGAGAUAGUACCGAUUAAUGACAUUUCCUGAUAAGAUUCAGUAGCUAAAUGAAAGGAUUAAACAAGGACCAAAUUAAGCAGCAGCAAGUAAUUUAGCCCACAGAUUUUUAGGGGCUCUGAGCAACUGUCUGUCUUCUUUUUAAUGUCCCUGGUAAGUGGUUUGUUGUUUUUUUUAUCUGUGUACCUUCUUUUAAUUAAAAAGAAUUCAACAACAGCGGCACUAUUAGGCCUCUGGGCACUACAGGAAGAAACAUUAAUUCCUCCAAGACCAGAUCUGCAGUUUUGCAGCAAAGGUGAAAAGGUGGCAGCCCUGAAAUUAGGGAAAGAAAAACAUUAAAUAGAAUAUAACCACAAAUAAUUGGUUCGCCUGACUUGCAAACAGGCUGGAGUAGAGAAGAAGCUUUCUAGAAACGGAUCGAGUUUUGCUUUGCGUUCUGCUUUUCUGUUUCGCAACCAAGGCACACGUGAGCAGCCAGUCUGGUAGUAAAGACAGAUUAAGUAAAACAGGUUUUACUGUUUAGCUCAAUUCAAUUAAACACAAAUGUACAUAAAAUGUUAAUCAUAUGAGAUUAACAUAUUUAAGUAGAAGGCGGAGGGGUGUAUACAUAGCUAUUAUAUACAAGCACUUGACUUACCAACUUAACCCCUCCUUGACUUUUUUAUUUCCCAAGGCUCCAUCUGACACAGAAGCCACAACCGCGUCCUCAGCCGACACGCCUGACGCUCCCUGGGUUCGGCAGGACCGGCGCACGGUCCCCGCGCCGGCACGCAGGGUUCAUUCUUCAAUGAUAUUAUAUGCAGUCGAGUGUGGAAAAUGUUGAAACAGUCCCGAUUUGUUUUCACUCUGUAUUAGUUUUAGUUUCAGGCAUAGCCGAUCCCCAUUCAGGUGCUAUCAGAUGACCAGUUACUGCUUAGUUAACUAGAUGUAAAGUUUUACAUAUAUAUUAAUGUCAAUAGUUUUAUUACAAGUUGUGUAAAAUGGACUCUCUAGUUUAAAAAAAAGGAAAAAGAAGAAAAAAAUUAGGUCUCUUCUGGAAUCGACUUUAGAGCAUGGAAAAUGAUUUUACUGGAUUCUGUUCAACUGUAAUCAAGGAAAAAAUAUGUAUGUUGUAGAAAAAGUUGCAGAAUUAAAAAGAAAAAAGAUCUGCUUUUAAUUUAUUCUUUUUGUAUUAAGAAUUUGUAUAGUUACCUUUACAUUUUGCAAAACGGUGUUGUCAACACUUCCUUAUUAAAGCAUUUUCAAAAUGAAA